AAACCAAGUGUGAAUGUUAUUUUUUUUCUCUUGUGCAAGCUUGGUAAAUAGCACUGGACCUGAACUUGUUUUGGUGACUUUGUCAUGUUUGACUUGGCUGUGUGUCAAGAAUCGCUUAUUAAAGUGAAUAAUAUUAUGUUUCUAAAUAAAAGCAUUGUUUUUAGUGGGUGAUUAAGUGUAGAUCCUGCUCAGAACAAAAAAUCCUGAUUUCCCUAGUUGUCAGGUUUAUUGCUGUUUUUUUAAAGCACACUGGGAUUUUAAGAGGAGAAGAAAAUAUUUGGGCUGCUGCUGUUCAUUCACGUGAAUUUAAACUGAAUCUGCUCCCGUUUUGAACUGACCCAGGCAUAAGCCAGCUGUGAUAGGGAAGUUUUCCAAAGGGAGUGAGGCAGGCCCUGAGCUGAUCAGAGUAAGUGUGGAUGCAGCACUGAGGGGAACAGGCUCACCUCAGGUAGGUGUCAUGGCUUGUCACAAUUAAUGCCCUGCCUGUGGCUCUCCCUUCCCUAGAGUGUGUGAGGAAGGUCUUGGAUCCGCCUUCACUUAUCCACACAUGCCCGCACAGACAGUGUUAUGAGAUAAUGGCAGAGUUCUGGAGCAUCUGAAAUUCUCACGUGAUGUGGAGACUCUGAUUUGCAAAAUCUGGUGUUCUUCUGCACUAAACUUGCAGACUCAUUUCCUUGGAGCAAAACACAGGACGGUUGAAGAAGCACUGAAAACUCAUGGCAUGAUUAAAACAGAAGGUUCCUUAGGAAAGAAAUUGAAAACAACUGUGAAACUUCCUGAUUUUGUUAAAACAGAAAGUUGCUUAGGGAAGAAAAUGAAAACACCUGCGAAACUUUCCAAUUUUGCGCCACUUGAGCCAGAGAAGCUUCAUGGACAGACACUGGAAGACCAGCUUAAUACAUGUAAAGAAUCAGAACCUGCACUUGGACUUAAUUACAUAAUAGAAUACCGAACAAAGGACAAUGUUCCUUUUCUCUAUGAAUGUCAACUAUGUUACUGUAAAACAGGACUGAGUAACAUGUUCAUGCAUGUUUGUGGUUCCAAGCACAGACUGGCAUACUUGAGACAACAUUAUCCAGAGAUAGCACAAUCUGAUGAAGUCAAGGGUAAAGGCUCUGAACUAAACAAAAGAGUUAGGCAAAUUGGAUUAACAAUUGAGAAGAAAGAAGGAAGAAAACAAAUACAGGUUGUUAUAGGUGUUCCAAAACCGAGAAGGAAAUGGCAAGAAUCUCCCAGUGCAGAGGACAGCCCUUCAAAAGCUAAAGUUCAGCAUGUGGAUGCGCCCCUUAGUGAUGCAGAAAAAACAGAUAAUAAAGAUGGGGAACUGACAGAGCCUAUGCAAGGUGAAAAUAAUGUUCAGGAGCAGAAUGAAGAAAGGCAGGAAGAACAGGGAAAACCAGAUGAAAAAGUUGAACCUAAUAAUGCUAUUGAAAGCAGCAAUGACUCAGAAUGGUGUGAGACCAAUAAACAAUCAGAGGAAGAAAACACAGAAGCUCAGCAAGAAUUUACAGAAGAUCCUGAAGAAUUCACUAGUCAAGAAGAACUGUUGGGUUAUUUGCAAAGUUUUGAGAUACUGAAUGAAGAUGAUGCUUCAUUUAUCCUGAAAGUUACACAGACUCUCACAAAUGCACUGGUGGAAUACCGUCAGCAGGCUGCAUCAAACAAAGACCACCUAGGUGCUGGAUAUAAUGGAGAAGCAGCACUAGAAUAUUCCACAGAACAGUCUGGCCCAACUUCAGCAGAUAUUAAUGACUCUGACACUGACUACUCAAGCAGCUGGUCAGCUAAGCAGUUCUUACCAGCCAAUGAAGAUGAAGCCCAGAACUUUUCAAGUGGCUCUUUGGAAACAGCAUAUGAGAACAACAUCACAACUGAAUUUUUGAAGAGUGUAAGAAACAUGAAUGCUGAGGAGGUUACUGACACCCUGCACAAAAUAGCAGCAUCAAAUCCAGCUUUCAGAGGAAUCGAUAUACCGAAUGUUAUAAGGAUCCUGACUGAAAGUGGAACUCUGAGGGGACCAAGCAAUGGCAGCACACAGUGACAUGGUACUUAAUAGAGAUAAUGCAGCAAUGUUUACUUACUGUAAGUUUGUUGCUUUACUUCAUUUGACCUCAUGGAGUUAUUUUGUUUUACAUUUAAGUUUUGUACAGUGUUUUUUUAUAUUAAAUUAAGAACUUGCUUUUGAUGUUCUUGUUAUUUAUUUUUCCAUUUAGCUGAAAGUUCUAUAUUGUGGAAAGUUUGUAAAGCUCAUGCUCAUUCUUUCUGUGUUAAAAAAGCUUUUUAAAACAGGUAAACUUGCUUUCUUCAGUUUUAUUAAAUACAUUGACAGUCUGAACUUUUCUUAAUGUUGGUUCUUUUACAAAGAAUUAUCAGCAGAAUGAACUACUGCACUCAGCAGUACAAACUCAUCCCACUAGAAAUGCUUGGAAGUUAUUCCCUGUGGCUGCUGGGACUGACUAAAAAGCCUUUGUAAUAAAAACUCUUUCCCAUAUAAGGGUUAUGAACAAGUCUCCAUAUCUUUUUCUUAAUAAGAUUAAAAAUAAUAAUAAAAAGUCAGCACUGCCAGUCUCUUGCUGAGACGAGAAGUGUCUGGAUUAUAGCUGAUUUAGGGAGCAUAGAAGCUCAGCAAAGUUUGUAGAAGUUUGCAAAUUUAGAGAUAUUUCCCAACAGGAAAUAUAAGCAGGCUCUGACUAAGAGGCACUGAUGUAGUGGCAAGAGUAUCUUUUGUCUUUUAUCCUGCCAGUGUGAGAAUGAAAUGAAAGCUGGCUUACACUGUCCUUCAGGCUCUUUUAACAUGAGUUUUUUUCCAACUAAAUUAGUUCUGGUUCUGACUGAGUGUACAUGUCUCUACAUUAAUGACUUCUACUUUUGUAAGAGGGUGAAAAAAUGUUUUGAAUGGUUAUAGAUUAGUUUGCUUGGGAAAAAAUAUUUUUUUAAAGUGAUUAAAAUUAAAUUCCUGCUUGUGAUGCUGGGUAGCAUUCAGUGGUUCUAAUUAAAGCUCUUCAGCUUUGCAGCCAAAUACUGAUGUAACUUAGACAUGCUGGGGCCAGAUGGCAUAUGAACUUUUUAGUGUUAACUUACUUUUUUUUUGAGAUCUGGAUGGAAUUUGAGAAUUCUCAUCCUGAUGGUUUCACAUCUUCAUACCGUGGAAUGCAAGAUGCAGUAAAACUAAGGUAACAAAGAAAGCAGCAACAAAAUUUAUGAGUUUUAUUAUGUGAAUGGACCCAGGAAGGAAAACAGUUCAGAGAAAAAUUAAAACACUGUGUUUUAAAGAAACUCUGAGGAAUUUCUGGAAUGCAUCUAAAUCUGUUCUUAUCAGAGGCAGAGAUGGAACCAGAUUCUUACAGUUCAUUUACUCUGUAUAGAAAUAAUUUUAAUGCCUGGUUCAUGGAGGUGAAUUUAAUCAGCAAAAAUUCUGAAUUCUGAAAAUAAAAAUAGAAACACCUUUUUCCUGUUUGUUUUCAAGAUGCAAAACAAUCUCGUAUUAAAAUAACAAAAUUAGAAUAUUCAACUGUUGUAAAUGGCCAUCUCUGAGACAGCUUCUUUUUCCUCUUACUGUGGAAUCAUUUCAAGUGGAAAUAGAGUUACAAUAAAGUUGAAGUGACUUG